AUGAACUAAAAUAGACUAACAUAUGAUAUAUAAAGAAGAAAAGAAAGAAUGACAAAUUACUUUAUGUAAUAAUAGCAAUUUCAAGAUUUCACUAAACCUGAAAAUCCAAUCAAAAUUUUAAAUCCAAAUAAGGCUCCUUAACAAUUAGAAUCUCCUUUAGUCAAUUAAGUUAAAUUUUAUUUUUAAAACCGCGUUAAUCGAUUAGAAUUUACAUAAUUAUUUGAAGGUAGAGAAUCUUUCACAUAAAUGUUUGUGACUAUUCUCUUUACAACAAUAUUAAUUCUUAUUAUUGGCUAUGCCGCAUAUUAUUUAAAUUAUAUAGGCAAAACUUUUAUAUGUUUAGUAAUGUUAGUGAAUGGAUUUCAUGUAUUAGGAUUACAUGUGUUCUAUUUUUCAAGUACUUUAUAAUCAUUAAUCAAAUAGAAAACUCUGAUAAAGCCUUGGCUUAUUUUUUUGUCAUUCUAAUACUUUAAUUCCUUCUCUGCAAUCAACUUUGGGGAGGAGGUUUACUCAACAAUAUUUUUACCAUUUGUUAUGUAGUGUAUAAUGGAUAUAAAUUCUUAAGAUAAUUACCAGUCUCACCUCCAAACUAAAAUUAAGUUUUAUCAUCAUAUAGUCAAUAUUUUAUAUAUGCUUUAUUUAUUGCAAUCAAACCAACUACAAUUAGCAAAAGAAUUAUUAAUUUCCUUUAUUUUUUGAUACCUGUGUAUUUAUUCAUCUUUUUAAUUGACUUUUUUUAUCAAUAAUAAAGAAUUACAACAAGAAAGAUAUUGUUGGCUGGCAUUCUUGAUUUAAUACUAUAAUUUUCAGAAGGAAUGAUUAUUAUAUUUAAGAAAUAUUAUGUUUUCAAUCUAUCAAGAAAAGCUGAUUAAUUGCCUCUUUUUAUAUAUCCAUUAUGCUUAUAAAAUAAUCAAUAAUAAGAAAUUGCAUCAAUUAAUUAUAUUAAUUCACUUAAGAAUGAUAAUAAGGUUUUCAAUUAAAAAGUGUUGUUUAGAUUAGAAGGUUGUUAGCCACCAACGAUUGCUGAUAUAAUGUAAUCUUAUUAUUAUGAAAAAUUAAAAUAAUAUGUCCAAGAAAUUUAGAAUAAUUUUACUUAAAUAUCAAAGUUAUUAAAUGAAAAAAGUAAAGUUAGAACACUCUUUGAAGAUAUAACACUUCCAUUCACAUUCUUCAAAUAUUAUUUUAUGACUUAUAGAAUUAAAAGACAAUAAAGAUAACUUAUUAAAUUGUAUUAUUUUAUUUUUAAAUCUUUUGAUUCAUUUUAAAAGGAUAGCCAAUAUGAAGUUGAAUGUUUGAGAUUCAAUGUAUCAAUUUGUUUAAUAUUCUAGAUUUAAUUAAUAUCUACAAUUUAAUAGAACCAUUUUGAAGAACCUAGAAUCCUGAAUAUAUGUAAAAAGAUAGCCAAAAUUUCUGAAAAACAUAUGAAACAUGAAAUAUUUUAAUAAUUAUUAUCAUGA